CACACUCCAACCACACUCUCCCUAAUGCUCUAGUACUACCAUAUGACAAUAACAAAAAAUCGUUCAAAAUGCUCGAAAGAUUCCUAGGACCUAUUUUGCGAUUGUUGGUAAUAAUUCCAGUGCUAUUCCUUUCAUGUGCUUGUUCCGGUAAUGAAAUUGAGCUUCCAAAAGAUUUUAUCGCCAGCAGUUCCCACACCAACAAUUGGGCGGUUCUGGUAGAUACAUCCAGAUUCUGGUUCAACUACCGACACAUAGCCAAUGUUUUGUCUGUUUACCGUUCUGUAAAACGUCUAGGCAUCCCAGAUAGUCAGAUACUGCUGAUGAUUGCCGAUGAUAUGGCUUGCAAUCCACGCAAUCCCCGACCUGCCACGGUGUUUAACAAUGCCAACCAGCAUAUCAAUGUUUACGGGGCAGAUGUUGAGGUCGAUUACCGAGGGUACGAAGUCACGGUAGAAAAUUUUGUUCGUUUACUGACUGGUAGGAACGAGAACGGCACCGCUAGAUCAAAGCGGCUUUUAUCCGAUGCAGGAAGUAACGUGCUUAUAUAUCUCACGGGUCACGGUGGCGAUGGAUUUCUGAAAUUUCAAGACUCGGAGGAGAUCACCAAUCAGGAACUGGCCGAUGCAAUCGAGCAAAUGUGGCAAAAGCAACGAUACAAUGAGUUAUUUUUUAUGAUUGACACGUGUCAGGCAGCUUCGAUGUAUGAAAAGUUCUACUCGCCAAAUAUAUUAGCAGUAGCCAGCAGUCUAGUGGGGGAAGAUUCAUUAUCGCACCAUGUAGAUCCAGCCAUUGGUGUUUACAUAAUCGAUCGGUAUACAUACUACGCGCUGGAGUUUUUGGAGGGAGUUCAAGUUAACAGCAAGAAAACUAUGGGAGAAUUUUUAUCCGUCUGCCCGAAACGUGUUUGUAUUUCAACGGUAGGUAUUCGGAAAGAUCUUUACCCGAAGGAUCCUUAUAAAGUGCCAAUAACGGACUUCUUCGGUUCUAUCAGACCCACCGAGAUAUCAUCAGGAGUAGUGAAUAUUACACUCUCGACCAUUCCAUUAGAUGAAUUUGAACGAAAAAUAAUAAGUAAACCAAAUCCAACGCUGUUUUAUGAACAAUUUCCAAGCAAAUUGUUCUCGUAACUUCUAGUCCAGGCAGUAUUCUAGCUUUAAAAAUAAAAAAUGCAACGAACACACUAUUUUGUAUCUACUUGCGAAACGACGAAGAAGGUCUGGGUGUUAUACGAAUUGUUCCUCCCUCUGCUGUGUAUUCAGUAAGAAGCGUGUUCUCUGCUUCUCCGACUUUCGAUAGAGAGGCAAUAAACUUUUGAUUUUCUAGAUUAUUCUCACAAAGAUUGCGAAUGGCCAGAAUAGUCCAUUCUUUGAUAACUGCAACGAAAUAUAAUGUUGAUUUGCUGAUUGCUGUUCGAUUCGAUUUAAAACUUACGAGGAUUUCUCGCAUCCAAAUUGGUGCAUUCGAGAAUAACUUUAAUAAAUCCAGUUUCUCGUGCCAGA